UCAGAAAAAGAUCGGGGACAGUUUUUGGAACUUGAGCAAAACAAUUAUAAAAUUAAAGUAGUUGCUGUUAUUUUUAUUGACUGCGUUGAGGAUUGGGUUAAAGGGAUGGCGUUCCUUUGUCCCGUGCGCAUGCGGCGCGAUAAGAAGAAAGCCACUAAUGCCAGCAUCGAAAGGGAUCUGCCCGCCGUGGGAGGCUUGGGCAUGGGCAGGAUAACUGGAUCCUCCAGUAUCGAAACCCUGGUCCGUGUGGGCAUCGAAAAGGAGCACGGAUUGAGUCCCGAUUCCAAGAUGGUGGUGCUGCACGACUUUACGCCCUGCGUGGACGACGAGCUGGAGGUGAAGAGGGGCCAGUUGGUCAAUAUUCUGUACAGAGAGAACGACUGGGUUUAUGUAAUAGGCCAGGAUUCACGCCAGGAGGGCUUCAUACCCUUCUCCUAUUGUGCUCCCUGCAACACCCAGCUGGCGGAUUUGGCCGUGAAGAAGAAACUGCCCCGGGAACAAUGUCCCGAGCAGCCGAUCGAUGAGAAUUUACCGCUCCUGGGAGCGGACAAUAAACUGGAUGUGCUCUGUGACGAGGCCUUGAAUCCUGGGUCUGCCAACAGUAUGGAGAACAUACUCCUCGCGGAGCCAGAGUGCACGCCAUUCGUCAAGGAGCCCUCCGGUCGCUGCAUUGUUCUGUACACCUUUAUAGCCCGGGACGAGAAUGAUUUAUCCGUGGAGCGUGGGGAGUUCGUAACCGUUCUCAAUCGCGAGGAUCCCGAUUGGUUUUGGAUUAUGCGCAGCGAUGGCCAGGAGGGAUUCGUGCCGGCCAGCUUUAUUUAUCCGGCGGACAGCGUGCGAGUUCUGCAGCAGCAAAAGGCCACCCUGAAUGCUAUGGAAACUAUCUUGCAGCAGGGCCAACCAGGACAGCAGCAGGGUCAGCAGCAAAACCAACAGCAGCAGCAGCCACUGGGUUUGGGAACGGAUGAUUUGCGCUACCAUGGCACCGAGCUGGUUAUGCUGUAUGACUACAAGGCACAGGCUCCCGAUGAUCUGUACCUUUCUGUGCGUCGUGGCGACUGGAUCUAUGCCGAUCUGAACAAUCAAACGGUGGACGGAUGGCUUUGGGCUUAUGCCCCCAAGACUCGCAAAUAUGGCUUCAUUCCGAAGGCCUACGCCCGACCGCCAGCCAUGACGAGUCUCUGAGAGAUGCCCUCGCAUCAUAAUUAUCAUAAUCAUCACAAUUAACACAUUUUGCUUUAGGUUUAGUUUUCUUUUCAUUCCAUUUCGUGCCACCAUUUCCAUUGAGUAAUAAAUUGUGCCUUAGGUUUAUUUUGUA